ACAACUGUUCUAUCCACUACAGACACCAGAAAUAGGUAAAUGCUGGCACAUGUGGGAAGGCCACUGUCAAAGAUACCUCAAGUAGAUGGGCAAACUCCUGUUCCUUAUGACGAGAUGCGUUCUACUCCCAAUAUUUACAAUUAUCAAGGAGUCGUGAAUGAAGAUUACAACAUUGCUAGUACACCAGCUCCAAAUGACUUACAGGCACCUACUCUUGCUAUUGGAGUUCAUAAUGAUGUUGGAGACGAUGAAGAUGAAGAUGAGCUACCGUUGACUGAAAAUGAUGAUGAUGAGGAUGAUGUAGAUGAGGGAGAGGAGGUAAAUACUCAUCACCUAGUUCUAGCUCAAUUUGAGAAGAUGACAGUGACACGGACGAAGAGCAGGUGGAAGUGCACACUUGAGGAUGGCAUAAUGCAUAUAAACAAUAAGGAUAUCCUUUUCAGUAAGAUGUAA